AUGGAAGAAGAAGAAAUGAAUAAUGUUACUGACAAGUCCGAAGGAUCAUCGACGCUGGAUCAUUCUUUUCAAGAGCCAGCAGGCAUGUUGAUUGCGCGACUAAUAAUCGAGGUGGCAUUGGCUUUCAUGGGAUUCAUAGGAAACGCAAUGGUGGCCUUCAUCAUAUCGCGACAGCGCAGAUUUCGUUCUGGACUAAAACUUUUUAUCCGGAAUCUCGCCUUCGCAGACAUUGGGGUCUUGACAAUCAACUUUCCUAUAGCAGUGGUUAAGGAGCAGUUCCCUUCGCAUUGGCCGCUUGGCAAGGCUUUCUGUCUGUGCUUCUAUCCCUUAGCGGAGAUGUUCCUUGGAGUUUCAGUUUGGUCGAUUACCGCAAUAGCCAUUGAACGCUAUAGAAAGAUAACUGCCACCUCCGGAGUCCGAGGAUGUUCUGACUCGUCCAACAAAUCUCUGAAAUGGGGGCUUCUGGUCAUAUGGAUCAGCUCCUUUCUCGUUGUUUCAUUGCCUUUGCUUAUUGUUAUGGACUAUGAGGAGCAUAGUACAGGAACAAUGUGUUUAGUUGAAUGGUCAAUCACUAUGCAUUGGAUCUAUAUAAUUUCCCUGACUAUAUUCUGGUAUCUUUUACCUCUUGGGAUAAUCAUCUUCACUUACGUGAAAAUAUCCCGUCAGCUUCAGCAAAGUAACCAUUUCCACAAGUCAAGUAUAAAGAGGCGCUCACCAGAAAGGAAGCUUGAGAAUUCCAUGAUUCACAGUUCAGAGGAAGGAAAAAGAAUGCAGCAAAACGCCAAAGCAAAGAAGAUUCUCACUCCUAUAGUGGUUGUCUUUGCUAUAUCCAUGCUUCCGCUUAAUGUACUGCGAGUUUUGCAGUUAUUUUGGGGGGAUAUUGUUCUCCACAAAUAUUUCUUUUUGAUUUACCAUGUGUGUGUUAUUGGGGUUGUGGUAAAUUCAGCGUCAGAUCCGCUUAUUUACUCUAUAGUCUCGAAAGAUUUCAGAAAGGAACUGAAGGCGUUCCUCUAUCGCUUUGCUCAACGUCUAAGGAAUCUCGUUAAGAUAAAAACAGCUGAUAAGAGUCUUACUAAUGGUUUCAGCCAUGACGUUCACCUUCUUCAUCUUCAAGAACUUCAUACUUCACUCGCAGCGCGUGGAGAAACCAACGCUGAAACUCCGACAACUCCACUGGUUACUCGCAUAUAA